AAAAAUAAAAAGGUUAACAAAACAUUCAACAAACGUCGGUCAAAAAAAUAUUUAACAACAUUAGACCCAACGAUAUUAUUAAUUAUUCUAUCCAAUUUCGUUACCAAACGCGUUAUCGAUACCGUUCUGUUCGCUGUAAAAUAAUCAAAAUCUCAACAACAACCCAAUAUGUGCCAUACAAACGGCUCAUUGUCCCUCAUCUUAGUGGUGGCUUGAUAGCGCAAAGCCAGGACCAUAACAGAUCCGGCAGGUCGGUGUGAAUGUACUGCUCGGGUGUCCAACAAGAAUAAUAAUUCCACAGUUGAUGAUCGCAAUACGUUCGAAAUGGAAAUCGGAGAUCUUACGCUGGAGCAAGAACGGGCCGUAGACGAAUUCAUCCACACGAUCAAUCAUAUGCAUAAAUUACAAAACAAACCGCCCAUAGCACGGUCUUCUGCUUUCAAGUUUUUGGUAGCAAGGAAAUUUGAUGUUGCUAGAGCUGUACUGUUACACGAGCAGCAUGAAGAAACCAGGCUGCGCGAGGGUUUGUUCGGGUUUAAUUGUACUGUUGAACCAUUGAAAAGUGAAAUUAAAACUCAGAAAUUUACAAUUUUGCCAACAAGAGAUUCAACAGGUGCUGCUAUAGCUGUUUUUACAGCACGUUAUCAUGUGCCACAGUUUUCUUCUCAUCAAACUACUUUGCAGGGUAUUGUUUACCAACUGGAUAUUGCUCUUGAAAACGUCCAGACUCAAAAAUGUGGGUUGGUAUUCAUUUACGACAUGUCUGAUUCCAAGUAUUCAAAUUUUGAUUAUGAUUUGAGUCAAAAAAUCUUAACCUUACUUAAAGGUGGUUAUCCUGCCAAAUUGAAGAAAGUUCUGAUUGUCACAGCGCCGCUCUGGUUCAAAGCCCCAUUUAAAAUACUCAGGCUGUUCGUGCGAGAAAAGUUAAGGGAUCGUGUGUUCACGAUCAGCUUGCCUCAGUUGACCCAGCACAUACCCAGGGAAUCGCUGCCAAGGCAUUUGGGCGGCACGGUGGACGUCGAACACGAUAAAUGGUUGUCCUACUGCUUGAACUACAUGACGAACAGUGAUAAAUAUGGAAGUUCGGCUAUGUCCGACCACAUAUGCAAUUCGAACAGCGCGAAAAAGGACACCGGGCCAGAGACCAAAACGAACAAUCUGUUGAAAGAGAACAACGUCGUAAACGAAGAAAGCGCCGUCGUUAAUGACAACUUGUUGUCGGGGUGGACAUGCAACACGAUAAAUUCGAGAGAAGAAAUUUCUCCGAUGCCUCCGUCAUCUGUCAGUAGCGGGUUUUCGGACGACGACAGUUUGCGUUGUGAUUCUAGUCAAAGUUUAACUAUUAGUCAAUUUGUUGAAUACGUGUUGAAAAAGAAGAGGGCUGGUCUCAUCAGAGAAUAUGAAGAGAUAAAGACCCGUUCUUCCGACGGUACAUUCACCGUUGCCAAGGCCCGACCCAAUCUGCUGAAGAACCGUUACACGGAUGUGCUUUGCUACGAUCACACGAGGGUGAUGUUGGCGGAGUCGGACAAAGACCCGAUGUCCGAUUACAUUCAUGCCAAUUUCGUCGAUGGUUACAAACAGAAGAACGCGUUCAUCUCAACACAGGGCCCACUACCGCACACGUGUGCCGACUUCUGGCGCAUGGUCUGGGAACAGCAAGUGCUAGUCAUCGUCAUGACCACCAAAGUGUUCGAGUGUGGCAAGAUCAAGUGCGAACAGUACUGGCCACCUGACGAGACGUCCGACGACCAGACGUAUCAAAACUUCAAGGUGUCAACCACGUCUCUCAGUCAGUUCGACAAUUACGCCGUCACCCGAUUGGAAUUGACCAACACUAACACCAACGAGGUCAGGCAAGUAUCUCAUUUCCGUUUUAACUCGUGGCCGGAUUUCGGCGUACCACAUAGCGCUGUUGCCAUGUUGGAUUUCCUCGGUAAGGUCCGGAAAUGUCAAUCGUCCAUGUUACAAGACCUCGGUGACAAAUGGGCCGGACACCAGCGGGGGCCUCCGAUAAUCGUCCACUGUUCAGCUGGCAUCGGACGAACAGGAACGUUCUGCACACUGGACGUUUGCAUCAAUCGCUUGGAGGAGACCAGCACCGUGGACAUCAAAGGCGCGGUGGAAAAGAUUCGGUCGCAGCGGGCCUAUUCCAUCCAAACGCCCGAGCAGUACGUGUUCUGCCAUUUAGCUUUGAUCGAAUACGCGUCGGCCAGAGGUUUCCUCUCCUCGCCGCCGGACCUCAGCGACUUGAAACCACUCGAAGAUUCGGACUGAUCGACGACAGCAAUGAAAAUCGCGCAUCGGUCGGGCAAAGCAUUUAUCAAUACUUAUAUAGAAAUUUAAUAUUUAUAUAUAUAUAUAAAUAUAUACGUCUUGUGUAAAAAAAAGUAUGCGCAUACAAUAAAUUACGUGUGUGCAUACCUACACGUUAUAACACGCGUAGAUAAUCAGAAUCGGGAUGAGCGCGCCAAAUUAUUUAUACAUCAUAUUAUAUGUAUAUGGUCCGUUUGCGAUCGUUUUCUGACAUUAUACUUUUGUAUUCUUUUUUUGUUUUUCGUAAUUAUACUAUUAUAUAUAUAUAUAUAAUAUAUAUGUUUAACAAUAUCAUAUUAUAUUAAUCUGAAACGGAUCUAAUCAAUUCGUAUCGAUCUAAAGUUCAUAUUUUUUAAUCAAAAUAUUAUUUUUUUCCAUUUCGUCUAUACACGCGCAGCGACUUAAUUUGUUCGUUUGCCCCCCCCCCCUCGACCAUCUAAAAUGUCGGCGCAUUACAUAUUAUUAUUGUGUUAUGUAAACAAAAAUGUCAUGCGAUCGUACGCCUUUUACUCGAUACAUAACCAACUAUUGUCGUCAAAAAAGAAUAUAUUAUAAUUUAUUUUUGCAUACAUUAUACUAUUAUUAUUAUAUUGAUCAACAACUGUUUACACAUAUUUAAAAAAAAAUCCUAAUGCAGAAUGUCAUGUGACAUUGUGCAAACGGCUUUGUUAUAUCAUUAUUAUUGUGAACAAACUACCAAAUUUUUUGCUGACCAUUCCAUGUAUCUAACUUUUUUAAACAUAAACCUUAAAUUCGUUGUAAUAUAUUAUAUAUAAUUUAUAUAUAUAUAUAUAAUACAUAUUUAAUGUGAUAAUAAUUUUUGUCAAUCACGGUGAGGUACGAUAAGAUAAUAAAAUGAAUCAUUGUGCCACUGUAUUUCAUAAUGUGAUGCCCAAAAAGAAUUUUUUAUUACAAUCUAUAUGAUAUUAUUUAAAAUUUUGGUUGUAACUCUUGUAACAUAAUUAAAACCAUGCAUGUGAAUUAAUAAAGUUACAUGGACAAACA